AUGGCCGUCGAAAUGCUGCAGUAUCAGCCGCAGUAUCUGCGGGCCUUGGUUGACAUGGGUUCCAAUGGGAUCCGUUUUUCCAUCUCAUCUCUGCAGCCGCCCACCCAAAGGAUCAUGCCCACACUCUACCAGCAUCGAGUCGGAAUUUCACUGUACGAUGCUCAGUACUCUUCACAGGGAGAGCGCGUGCCAAUAGAUGACAAGACUAUCUCGGCGGUCGUCUCAUCCUACAAGCAAUUCAAGAGGACUUGUUCAGAUUUCGGUGUCUUGCCCGAGAACAUCAAGGUUUUGGCAACCGAAGCCACUCGGACUGCAGUGAACUCCGAACAGUUCAGGGGAGAGAUCAAAUCACAGGUAGGAUGGGAUGUCACCAUGCUGCCAAAGGAGGAAGAGGGCCGGGUUGGUGCCAUGGGUGUUGCAAGCUCCCUUCCAACGGUCAGCGGCCUCGUAAUGGAUCUCGGAGGCGGCAGCACCCAACUGAGCUGGCUCAUCAAGAACGACUGCCACGAGGACAUCCAUAUGCYGGAAUCUGGGGCAGUCAGUAUGCCGUACGGAGCGGCAGCAAUGUCUCGACGGCUAGUCGAAGCCGAACAAAAUGGUAGUACGACGCAGUUGAAAGAAGAGAUUAAAGCAGCGGUGAUGGCCGCAUACGCUAGUCUGAAGGUCCCUGCCGAGCUCACCGAUGCUUGCCGGCAGCAAGGAGGCUUCACUCUCUAUCUGUCGGGUGGAGGCUUCCGAGGAUGGGGAUACGUGCUGAUGAGCCAGCAUCGUGUCAAUCCUUACCCCAUCCCAGUCAUCAACGGCUUCAAAGUGAGCCGGCAGGAAUUCCUUAGCACCGACCAAGUCAAAGCCGCCGCUGCCAAUUCUCUGGAACAUGGAGAGGCACAAGACGAAUUGUUCCGCGUCUCUGAGCGCAGGGCCAGCCAAGUGCCUGCCGUCGCUUUUCUCGUUAAUGUGCUUGCAGAAGCAUUGCCACUCAUCAAAGAGGUGCGGUUUUGUCAAGGAGGUGUGAGAGAGGGAUGGCUUUUUUCCUCCCUUCCCCCCGAAAUCAAAGCGCAAUACCCAUUGAUUGUCGCCACUGAGUCUGUGGCGAAGCCGACAUCGUCAAGACCUAUCGUUGCGUUGCUACAGUCUGCGUUUCCUGACCAGUCCGGAGGAGCCGUUGACGGCCCGCUAAGCGUAUUUAUUCCAGAUUUGCUGGAGGCGUUUGGCAACUUGAUCUACUAUCACUCGAGCUAUUCCAAAGAUCUCCAAGCCACCGCUGCCAUUCGAAGCACGACAUCGGGUGUUCUUGCCGGAGUUCAUGGUGUUCUUCAUGAAUCACGUACCCUCAUUGCCUUGCUUCUUUGCGCACGUUGGGGUGGGAAUGUUCCUCCUAGCGAUGAGCAAUUCAAACGAAGUCUCGAGCAGCUGAUAGAAUCUCCUUGGACUCUCUGGUGGAUCAACUACAUCGGCGCAGUCGCAGGACUGAUUGCCAGCGUAUAUCCUGCGGGUGUAUUCCAGGACGAGCGGUUGACUCUCCGCGCCACCUGGGACCGCGAUGAAAAACAACGACCAUUGUUGGUUCUCCAUGCUCUUAUCUCAUCGGACGUGGAUGGCGAGGUCUUUGGUAUCGAGAGCAAGGCCAUUGAGAAGGUCGGAAAGCGGAAGCGGUGGAUCGGUGGCAGAGAGGGAAUCGGACACAGGGUAGAAGUCGUGAUCCAGAACAAGUGA